GCCUACCCACUCACGUCUGACUUGAGAAAGUCACAACUCCAGCUUCCCGAAGAGAUGCUUCGCCUCUAACAUUGAGAAAAUCAGUAAAACACAAUCGAGGCACAUUGUCUGUGAAUCUGCAGAGAAAGUGACCAUGACGGCCAUCGAGAGCAAAGACACGGACGUCAGUGACACCGAUAGUGGGAUCAUUGUGCAUUCUGGGCCCGACAGCCCCAGCACGCCACUGAAGGAUGUGAGCACCCACACCAGAGCCCUGAAGCUGAAGCACCAGGCCCUGGAGCAGAGCCUGGAGAUCUGCCUGCUGGAGCUCAGGAAGCUCUGCAUCAGAGAGGCAGAGCUGACCGGGCAGCUGUCCUCAGACUAUCCCCUGAUGCCCGAGGAGCAGCCGCCCCGCGUUCGGAGACGCAUCGGGGCGUCUUUUAAACUCGACGAGGGCCUCAUCUGUCAGGAUGGCGAGGACCCGGAGCUGCACUCCCUGGCGGCCGACCUGGCCCUGCAGAGCCAGAUCCUGGAGGCGGCGCGGAGGCUGUCCCUGGAACACCACCUCAGCAAGCCGCAGAAGAAGAGCCGCCUGCAGCAGUGCAAGCGGGAGGAGAAGAAGUUCAAGGACCUCCAGGAGGCGGUGACCCGGCAGCGGGCCCGGAGCCAGCGCAGCUCCCCUCAGACCGCAGGCUCGGCCCACUCCCUGAAAGACUCCUGCAUGUCCGAUGACAGCUCUCUCUCUGACGUGGUGGCUUUGGAUGAUGACAUGGACCCCCCCGACGCCCUUUACCCUCCGGCGGGGGGCUCCUCUUACCUGGACCCCCUUCAGCCGCUUCCCCUGCAGCAGUCCCAAGGCCAGACCGGAGUGGAACACGAGCGUUCCCCAAUCCAGAACUCUCCGUGGAAGGAAUCCAGUCUGGACCAGCCCUACCAGAAGCUCCCAAAGCCUCAGUCUGCGUGCAGCAGCAGAUCGAGUAGUCCGGUCGGGGCCCCGGUCUACCCAGAGAGGAUCCUCCCCUCCCAGUUCAUCAAGAGCCUGACCAUGAGGCACAACCACACCUGCAGCGCCCCAUCCACCCCGGAGCUGCACGUACGCAGGCAGUACUCCCAGUCCUUCAGGCUUCCUAAGAACAAGCUGACGGUGGAGGUGCCGCGCACGGGCUCGGAGGGGGGCCGGGCCCGCCCCCGGCUGCCCCAGCGCCGCUGUGCGGCCGACUUCAUGGUGCGCUCUCCGGAUUACUCCCCGCGCCGCCUCUACCAGUCCAGCUCAGAGGACAGCAGCUCGGAGCACUCUGUCUCCUCCCAGGCCAGCUCCCCCGGGAGCUGGCCUGCCCCGCCGAGCCCCACCGAGAUCCCCAAGCUCUGCCCCCCGCCCUACGGUUUCCACUACGGGGCCCAGGGGAAAGGCCCCGCCGCCGGCCCCCCGGGGAGCUACAAGAACAACAACAACAACAGCAACCACGUGAACAACAACAUGAACAACAACACGAACAACAUCAAGAACAACUACAACUACAACAGCCCGGCCUCCGUCGACGGUGGAAGCGUCCGUUCGCUUCAGUCCCCGCUAUCCCCUCCGAACAACAUGUGUCGGACCCCCCAGCCGCAGAGAGCCAGGCCGGAGGAAGGGUUCUCCUCUGCCGGGAGGGCCAUGAAGGCUCCUCCUCCUCCCUACUCCCGGCUGGUCCGCACCCCAUCCCUGAACGAGUACCCCGGCCACGGCAGCCCGGUCAUGCCGCGGGAGGUGGUGUCGGAGGAGCUCAAGUCCUGGCACCAGAGGAAUAAGCUCCAGAGGUUCCCGCCGGGAUCCGGAGAACGCCUAGGCCGAUCCCAGAGGUUCAACAACGGCCCUGGUUCGCCUCAGCCCCCGCCCUACAAACAGGGCUCAGGCAGCGUCGUCCUCCAGAGGGCGGCUGAUGGAACUCCAGUCCAGUGGUUUGUGGAAGAGGAUGCUGAAUUAGUCAGUCAGGUGUAACCUGGAGAUCCCUGUUGAAGUAUGCUACCAACUAGGAGUCAUUAUGUGUAUUCCUUUCUAUGUAUUGCUGUAUUUAUUGAGCCGAUGGACUCAGAGUUUGUAUGUCUUAAAGUGGCAGGACACUAUCCUUUUUACGGAGGAAGAAAAAGGAUAAACCUUUUUGAGGGUAUGAUAAGCACAUUGUUGCUCCUAUUUCUUUAUUUAAAACUACAGUAUGAUUAAUUUAUUUGAUCAAUAUUUUCUGAUUUGGUUUUCUGAUAGAUGUUAUGUCUGUGGUGACUCAACAUUUGUCUCUGCAUUUUCCAAAUUGUGCCACACAGGCUUUGACAUCAUAUAUACUAACUGUAUAUUCAUGGGCCUUUUAUGUGGCUGGUACACAUAUUGCAGGUUUGCAGGAGCAUUCAUAAUUUAAAUCUCAAUUCCAAUAUUUAUCUAUCAUAAAAAUAAAAAUAAGAAUAAAGAACAAAGUUCCUUUGAAUGCUGAAGGUAAAUAUUAAUAUACUUUAGAAAUGUUUUGCUGAAUCUAACAAAAGAAGAAAAAGAAUCGGACCUUUUACAAUGUGAAAUGAGAAGAACAACAUUAGGCCUGACUAUGAAUUUCUAUUAAUAUCUUAAGCCUUUUAUUACUGAGUGAAGGAGUGUUGGUGUGUUCACUGCACCGUGGUGUGGUGUUUCUAACCAAGUGAUUGUAUCAUUUUUAUAUCCUAUGUAUUUAUAAAACAUUUGUAUAUGCAUUAUUAAUUAAAAGUAUUGUUCCCGAUAUGACUCAUGCUAGUUAUAAUCAAAUGAGUUCCACCAGACACAGGAGCCCUCGUGGAAGCAUAACGCAUUCCUUCCGUCAAUCUCCGGUUUCCUUUUCCCACUGCAUUCACUCAUUUUCUGCCUUGCUUGUUUGAAGCUUAAAAGUUCAAAGCACCCCUUCAAUUCAUCUAGAGUUUAACUCAUAAAGGGCUUCAUAAUUCUACUCGACAAAGCAACCAAAAUAAGUGAUAGACAUUCAAUAAAUGUUAAAUAAAUGGUAUACAGUCUAUAGAAUGAGGCAGUAUGGUAUGCAAGAGUAGUUCAGUCAGCAUUCAUUCUUGUCAUACAUGUCUAUGCAUGGUAUAUCAGUGAUGUUCAUUCCAGUUGAAUGAAUAUGCAUAGUCCACACAGAAGAAAAUUUGAAUUUAAUGGAAUUCUCAAAAUAUUCAUAAUUUUCUUGUGAAGUUUCUAUGAGAACAGGGUCACCAUUGCGGCACAGAGAAUCAGAAGGAGAGCAACGUAGAGGAUGGCCCAGCGGGAGCGAACGAGCCAGUGAGCCAGAGGGAAUGGUCUCAACUUUGUGCUAUGCCUGGGGAGAAGAAGGGUUUUGCUAUUAAAUCACCAAAGAGAAACAACGAGUUUGCUGCCAUCUACAGGCGGACUAUAUAACAUGGUUUUGUGGACUGUCACAUUUACAUACAUUCAAAACAUGUACUCAUAAUAACUUAUAUAUACUAAUAGAAGAGGAGGAAGUCUCUUCUCUUCACAGGGAUACAUAAAAAAAUACUUACGAGCUUAUAGAAGACCGGAAAUGGUUGACUCCCUUCUUCCUUGAGAAUGAGGCUCUGCCCCUGUGUCUCUGCCUCAGUACAGUCUCCACUGUACAACUGCCGUAAACAAAGAGCGUGCAUCACGUUCACGACCACACAUAUGAGUCAAACAGCUGAAAUACCUCUGGCCUCACGCUCUUAUUUUAAGCGGCACCUUUUGCUGCGGGUCUU